AUGAACCAUCUCAGCCGAGCUAGUGGGCCUCCAGGACAAAGCGAGACGGAGCGCAGAUCCGCGUCCGAGGCGGCCGGCGGACAUGGCAGAGAUCAGGCUAAGCUGGCCUCACAAAAACCUGGCCCGCAACUCCGAAGCAAAGCGCAUCUCUCACAAGGCUUCAGCACGAAGGGCCCGCUGACGCUGUCCAUCACUAAGAUGCGCUGCACCAAGCGGUGCGUGUCUGUGCGCGUCUGGGCGCGCGUGUGCCUCUACGCUCAGUUGGAGCUAUCCUUCGUUGAGACAAACGCUGCAAACGAGGCAGCUGAUUUGUACUGCGGGCCAAAAAUGCGGCAUUCAGCACACAAUCGGGGCCGGUCAGUAGCAAGGCUAUGCCAGUGCCAUGCUUUCCGCUGCGCCGCUGCUCCACCGCACUCAGCAAGGCAAACAGCAGGUCGUUAA